CCCACACACACACACACACACACACACCGUUCUACAAGUCUUGCUCUGGCAACGAGGCUCGCGCAACACCGCUGGCACCCGAUCACCUAAGAGGGAAACCUUUGGAGCGCCAACGGCCAACGCAUAGUCAUACCCACACCCACACUGCACGCUAGCUCGACAGGCGCGACACGGGCACCUCGCCACUCAAUCUGAUCGCCUCGCGCUCUGGCCCCCCAUGUCAAUGGAUAUGGAAGAGCCGGCUGCCUCGCGACCAGACGAGGGGCGCGUGUCGCCUCAGCGAGAGGCAACCGAUGGUCCUGCUCCUCCCCACCCUGACAAUGCUGUACAGCCAGUCACCCCCGAAGGGCAGCUCGGGGUCACCGACGACAUGGGCCUCACGGCGAGCAAGCAAGCCGAGCCUGCCGACGAGAGCCAGAACGAUGCCGUCUGCGAGCCGUCACCACCACCAGAAGACGAUCUUGCCCCCCUACCAAAGGAGUUUGAUCCGGACGCUCCCACGCCAGUCAUCACGUCUGCACCGCUGCCAGAUGAUGAUCUCGCCAUUCGGCGCGAGCCGACCCCCGAGCCGGAGCCAGCGCCGGAAGCUCCGGCAGCCGACGAGCAGACCAUCGACGAGCCCAUGGAUGUGGAAGACGCCGACCCAUACCUCCACGACACGUCCCAGCUCGCCAGUGAAUAUGAUCGCGCUGGCAUUCUCACCGCCAUCGGUACGAUUGAGUGGUCGCAAGCGUUGGUGGAUGGGGAGGAGGAGGAGGCCAUGAACGAGCCCCGUGAGGAGGAGCCGAUGAAUGAAGCGGAACCGACAAUAGAGGAGCCUGUGCAGGAGCAGGACGAGGCUGCUCGCCGCCGAUCACCUUCGCUGUCCCCACUCUCACCACUCUCCGAGCUGCCGUCCGAGUUCAUCGAGGAGGUUACUCCGGUACCUGCCCCAGCCCCAGCAGCCGAGUCGUCAAAGGCAGCACAACGCCGGUCUGCCUCUCCAAUGAAGCGCUCAAACACAGACAACGGAGUGAUCGACCUGACAGGUCCCGAGGACGGCAGAUCGAGGCGCAAAGGCAAGGCUCCAGAACGCUUCGGAGGCGGCAGUGCAGACUUUGGCGACCUCGGUGAUGACAUUGAAGUUGGUCCAAAGGGCAAGAGGGUGUACAAGAAGGCCAAGGGCCUGGAUGGGAGGCCUAUCAAAAGGGAGCCCAAGUCCCGAAAGAGGCUCGACCUGGACCUUGGCAUCUCUCGCGAUGGAGAACUGCCGCCAGAAAAAGUGGCACCUCGCGCUCGAACCCUCACAGACGCCAAGAUCAAGGAGAUGCUCAAAGGCAAGGACAAGGAGGUUCAGCUGGCACCCUGCAUUCGCCCCCGGUACGGACGAUGGGGCAAGUGCACGCAGUGUGUUAGCAAGCUCGGUGGCGACUCGUGUCGCUUCAGGUCAUAUCGCACGUUCCCGAUCGAUCCGGCUACUGCCGAAAUUCAAGGACCCGGCUUCUUUGAGUCGACCGAGUGGGCUGGUGAAAUGACACCGUUACCGCACCACUUCAACACAGAGCUCACCGAAGAACACAUGGCCCGAACAGAGAGGACAGUCGCCGCGCCGUUGUUGAAUCUCAUCACAGACGAGAUGCGCCAUGUCCUCAAGAAUGACCCUUUGCUGCGCGGUGUAGACUCGGCCCUUCACCGUUCUGUCUGUGACUUCUGCGCCUCGACAAUCUUUGGAGGUUUCUUCUUCUGCAAGAAAUGCGGCCGCGACUAUUGCCUGGAGUGCGAACGAUUCUUCAGCAGAAGUUCCUUGGAGCUGCGAAACUCUCCGUGGGCUCUAUCAGAUGCCGCUCGUCCUCGGCUUCAACGGUGCACCCGCAAAAACGACGAAGACCUUCCUAAGGAAAACCAUAAGGGCGGCGUGUUCAUGCACAGCCGCGAGGACCUGCAGGCCGUUUCGCGCUUCACAGCCAAGGAGAUCAAGGACAACUGGCUUGCCCUCAUCGACUUUGUCCUCGAACCCCAGAGCGACAAGUUCAGUGUUGAGGAGUGUCUGCUCUCUCUCGGCGUGCAAGAGAGCGAGACGGAGCUGGCUGACGCCGUACGCCAAUACUUCGAGUCGGAGAAGACGAAACGCCCCACGGCCGCCCCCGCACCGGCGAUCACUAACGAAGAGAUCGACAAGCUCUACGAGGCAUCACAAGACCUUCCUCGUGUCCCUGACCCCACCGAUCUCAAGACACACCCCUUCAUCUACAUUGACGCGGCCAAGCUCGACAAUGACAAGUUUGACGUCCUGUGGUCCCGCGGAGAGCCAAUGGUGGCGUAUGGGGUCGAGGGGCAGCUCAAGCUUGACUGGUCUCCUGAUGGCUUCAUCAGGCGUUUUGGCCAUGUCCUCGAAUGUCAAACAGAAGCCGUCCAGAAGAUGACGGUUGGACAGUUCUUCCAGAUGUUUAAGGAUCGGGCGCUGCGUGAACUGCAUGUCGAUGACUGGCCGAACCCAUCUUCCACGCCGGUGCGAGGGCGUAGCAUGGCUGGGACGCUCAGUGGGCCAACAUCGGCCGCACCUAGUCGGAGCCGGUCGCCGUCUGUACGUGCACUGAGCCCGGUCAAGCAAGUCGAGGGUGUGAACGGCGUGAACGGGGCACGGGGCAGCUCGGAAGACCGCGCGCGGCAGACAUCGCCAUUGAAAGAAUCGGCAGCGGCGGCCGUGCCCGCGUCCCCGAGGCCACGACAACCGUCACCAUUCAAGAAUGGCUCCGACAGUCGGGAUGUUUUGCCUUCCAAGCCAAACGGCAAUGCACCAUACAGCAACGGCCGCAGUGCCGAGACAAGAGGCCACACCGGCGGCGCCGACGACGAGGGGGAGAAGUUGAAAGCAGGGACAGAGCCAGAAGUCGUCGUCGUCGAGGAGGCAGCUACACCCGAUGUUGUGAUCGUCGAGGACACAGCAACACCCGAACCGGCAGAAGAACCCGAGAUUGUGCAUGUGCCAAGGAGGAUUAAGCCAGGGAUCUUCAAGCUCAAGGACUGGCCAUCCACCGAUGACUUCGAGUUCGCCUAUCCCGACAUGUACGCCGACUUCAACCGAGCAUUGCCAGUGCCCGACUUCACGAGACGCGACGGCGUCCUUAACCUCUACUCACAUUUCCCCGCCGGUCCGACUCGCCCUGACAUCGGCCCGAAGAUGUACAACGCUUUCGCUGCGCGUGAGGACGCGGGAGGAAUGGGAUCGACCCGUCUGCACAUGGACGUUGCGGACGCUGUCAACAUCAUGUUGCACGCAAGCAAGCGGCCAGAUGGCACGCCAGGCUGUGCUGUCUGGGACCUUUUCAAAGCCGAGGACGCCGAUACGUUGCGCCUGUAUCUCAAGGACAAGUUUGCGGAUUCCGGUGACAAGACAGGAAAGCCCUCUUUCACGGAUCCAAUCCACGCACAAAUGUUCUACCUUGACGCUGAGAUGCGGCAAGAGUUGUUCGACAAGCACGGAGUGACCAGCUUCCGAGUCUACCAGUACCCGGGCCAGGCAGUGUUCAUCCCCGCGGGGUGCGCGCACCAAGUGUGCAACCUUGCCGACUGCAUCAAGAUUGCUCUCGACUUUGUGAGCCCGCACAACACGCACCGUUGCCAACAGCUUGUACGCGACUUUCGCCGGGAGAACUUCCUACGCGCGUGGAAGGACGAUGUCUUACAACUGUACAAUGUCAUGUGGUACGCUUGGACGAAUGCGGCCGCUGUGGCCGCCUCGGCCCAAGCUGCACGACACGCGCAUCUUGCUUCUUUGGCGAACGGGAGCAGCGCGCCGUUUACGCUACGGACGGCCCUGUCGUCGCCCAGCAGCCGCAACCUGCUAUCACCGGCGAUGAGUAGCGUACGCGAUGAUCCGGCGCCGCCUUCUCCGCGCGAGCGGGUUGAAAAUGAGACUGGGUCGGGUAUCGGCUCAGCGGGGCGGCGCAGUGGACAAAGUUCGCCGGCGCCACGCGAUGGGGCUCCCGAUUCGGCGGCACCGGCCGCGACCACGACGGGCCGGGCGGGCACUGAGCCGGCCGGUGAUAUGGACGUGGACGCGGUGGCCCAGUCGCCCAAGCAGAUACUUACCGACAAGCUGUUCGACGCUGCCCUGGCCAGGGAGCCGAUAGCACCUGCUCUUGAUCUCGACCCCGGCAAGAGAAGCUCGCCCCCGCCGCCGCCACCGGAGCCGUCGCCGCCUCCUCGGCAGCAGCCGGGCGCAUCCCGGGAGAAGCCCAAGCUGAGUCAAGUGAUCCAGCGGGGCCAUGUGCCCAUGGAUCUGGCGUACAGCGCCAUGUCCCGAGACUUGGGGUCUGGUGCGGACGAGUUGCCGUAG